AUGUCGCUCCAGGCAUCCAGUCACACUCGUUUGUCUCUCCUACAAUCGCCACACCCGCUAUCGCAACAGCAACCGCGGCAGCAGCAGCGGCAGCAGCAGCAGCGGCAGCGGCAGCAGCAGCAGCAGCAGCAGCAGCAGCAGCAGCAGCAGCAGCAGCAGGAGCAGCAGCAGCAGCAGCAACAGCAGCAGCACCCGCAGCAGCAGCAGCAGCAGCAGCAGCAGCAGCAACAGCAGCUGCGCGCAGAGGUUGCAGCGGAGGCACAGCACGCGCACCUCACACCGCGCUCCCCGUUCCUUCCAUCCACGUCCGCUCCCGCCGUCGCCCAUCGGUCGCACCGUGUGUGCGACGCGUGUUCGUGCCAGCCCGCGGUGCUCUACUGCGCCGCCGACGACGCGUACGUCUGCGAGCCGUGCGACGUCUUCGUUCACUCCGCCAAUCCGCUCUCUCAGCGCCAUGAGCGCGUGCGACUGGGUCCCAACGGCGCGCCGCUCAAGAUAGACCGCAGAGGCGCGGUGCUGCCUUCCGAUGCCGCCGCCAGUCUUCCGCGCGCCGUUGUUGGGAGAGUGCCGCGCGGGGAGUUGGCGCAGAGCCUGCUUCCGCGCGCAGACGAGUCUGGGGUGCGGGCCGCGGCAGCGACGUGCAGUGAGGCGGAGGAGGGUGUGGCGGGGAGCGUGGCGGGGCCGACGGCGGGCGCGAUCGGCGCGGAGAGUGCGCAGAGCGGGCUGCCGUCCAGCAUGUCCGGCACCAGCUCCUCGUCCCACCCCCCCGACCCCCGACGCCCCUCCCGCGCGCAGCGCCCACCCGACAGCAAAGGCGCAGCUCAAGGCGGGGUAACUGUCGGGCGCGCGGGUGAUUCGAGGAGGGGAGCAGGGAGAGGGGGGAGAGCGGCGGAUGAGACGGACGUCGCAGGGGUGAGCGCGGGGGCCAGGUUGCAAGGGCCGAGCGCAGGCGGGGUGGCGUGCAGCGUAUUGCGGUGGAAGGUGCGGGAGGGCGCGGCCGCCAUGCACGCGCCGCAGGACCACCAGCCGCAGCCGCAGCAGCAGUCCACACCGCAGAGCAGACCGGCCGCGUCACCUGCACCUGCGCACGACGCAGCGCCCAAGGCAACAGCUGCCUCGGUGGGCCUAUCACCAGCGUCCACGUGGUCGUUUGCCGCCACUCCACGUCACAUCAACGAGUCCCUGCAGGGUGCCUCGCCAUGGGGUAAGGCAGCAGCCGGCGCGACGCAUUGCCCCCUCUCCGCGCCCGCGGGGUUGUGCGCCAAGUCGCAUCUGCUGCGCGCGCCCGCGAGCCCCUUCAGUCCCCCCAGCCCCUAUGCGGGCUGCCUGCUCUCGCUGCCUCGACCUCUCCAGUCGCCCCGCACUGCUCCUGCUGCACCCGCAUCCGCUGCAGCUGUGUGCGCCGGUGCAGCGGCGGGCGCGCGGGGCGUGGAAGCACGCGACGGGCGAGACACCGCAAGGGGGGGCCGGGUGGCGCAGGUGUGCGGGGAAGAGGAGGCGGGGGAGGCGGGGCGACUGGGCAGCAGCAGCGGGUUUGACGAGUUUGAGGACAUGAUGAGCGGCAUGGGGGGAGCGGAGGGCGCGGCGGGCAUGGCGGGCAUGGCGGGGCUGGACGAUAUCGACGAGGACGACCAGUUCGCGCGCGACCUCGCGCUCUGCAUGACCCCGCGCGCGCCCCCCCCGCCCUCCGCCACGCCUCCCGUCGCUUGCCCCCCGUCGUCCGCUCGCCUCACCACGGCGCACCCUGCUGCGGCGGCGCAGCAGGCCCAUCCCACCGAUGCCAGCUACUUCACUCCCCCGCCUGCCGCAUCUCCCGCUGCUGCCGCUGCCCCUGCCGCUUCCCCAUGCGGCGAACCCCCCGGCGCGUCAAUGCCGCCAGCAGUGGAACAGCCCGCGGCGGGGUGCCAUGCGUCGCGCACGCACGCUCUGCCCGCCGACGGCCCCGGGCUGCCCGCGCGCCCUGCGAAGAGACAGCACCUGCGGGGACUGGGCUUUGGUUCGGCAGCCGGUCUGGUUGCAGGUCUGGGUGCAGGCUCGGGUGCAGAUGUGGGUGUAAGUGCAGCAGAGGGGGGAGGACUGGCGAGUAUCGCGGAAGGAGGAGGGGCGGGCGUGGAGGCGAGACGAGGAGGUGGGGUGAAGCGUGAGGCGGAUACAUGGGGGGGCGUGGCCCAAGGGGCAGCAGCGCAGGGCGUGCAGGGGGUGGGAGUGGCAUGCACGCGUGGGCACGCACAGCAGCGCAUGCACCCUCCCAUGCAUCCCCAGGCCCUGUCACCCUGCGCGUCGCUUGACCGCUGCACCCCUACGUCCCCCACCGCUGCUGCGUGCAUGUCCGUCAGCCACGCGCGCCCCGUUCCACACGCGCCGGCCAACAGCUUCCUGAGCUCGUGCGCUGGCGCUGCUGCGAGUGCCGUGGCGUCAGCAGCGGCGCUCUCAGAGUCCGUCAUGGACCCGCGCGCCCCCCCCACUGCCUCCGCCUCCGCCUCCCACUCCCACUCCCACUCCCACUCGCUCUCCCUCUCCGACGGCCAGCAGCACCACGACGGGCACGCGCAACCCCUGCAGCAGCGCGCAGCGCAGGGUGGGAGCCCGGCGGAGAGAGGUGCAGAGCGGUGGGAGGGCGGGGAGGGCUGGAGGGCGCGGGAGUGGAAUGGGAAGGUGGGCGCGUGCGGGGGGGAAGCGGGGGGGCGGUCAUCAGGGGAGGCGGAGGGGGGGGUGGAGGAGGCGGAGGAGGUGGUGAUGGAGGAGGGCGCCGUGGAGGCUCAGCUCAAGGGCGUGGCGUCGCACCUCACUCUGCUCGCAGCACACCCACACUGCCCCUCCUCUCACACUGCCCAGGGGGAGGCUGCGCGAGGCGACAGGGAUGGGGCGGACAGGCGUGCAGCAGCGAUGCGAGGCGUGCUGGGCAGUCUGGGGGAGCGGGGCGCGGGCGGGCGGUGGUGUCCGGCACUGCACCUCAACUAUGCUGACAUCAUCACCGCCUGGUCACACCAUGGCCCCCACGCGUCGCCCUGGCUGGACGACCAACCCCCCUCGCUGGCCCUCCAUACUCAACCAUCCGUGUGCUCCGACCCCCAGCCACUGCAGGCGGCCAUGACCCCACAUUCGGUGAUCAGCACGGGGCGGGAGGAGGGGCCGGAGGGCGAGGUGGGUGAGUCGGGGGUGAGCCGCGUGGCGUCCGUGCCGCACGGGCUGGACCGCGUGUGCAGCGACCUGCUGCUCGAGGGCGGCCACACUGACGGGCACAUUGACGGGCAGGUGGAGGGGCAGGUGGAGGGGUAUGUGGAGGGGCGGGAGGCGCGGGUGCUGCGGUACCGGGAGAAGCGGCGCAACCGGCUCUUCUCCAAGACCAUCCGCUACCAAGUGCGCAAAGUCAACGCCGACCGCCGCCCCCGCGUCAAGGGACGGUUUGUGAAGAGAGACUUGUAA